ACACGGUUGAUUUUUGUGGGCUAUUUGUCUGUCAGUUUAUCUGCUGGCAUGAUGUUAUCUGGGGUUUUCCGUUCACUGCUCAGUUGUAAUCAGAGAGAAACAUGGUAGUCUUAAUAUGCCUGCUUUAGAAGCCAAUGUUUAGUCUUCUCUCAGCAACAAUCUACACCAAGAUGCGGACCACCAAUGAAUGGUAAUCAAAAUUCCAUCUGCGGGUUUAGCGGAACCUCUACGAACCAAAUAUGCUACAAGACAAACUAGAAUUUUUUGAGCCUGGUGGUAGGACAACAUAAAGCCGGAAACCUAUUGACAUUUCUUAGGAAUUGAAAUGACUAUCACAAUUGUGUGACAUUGCGUGACGGCAAAUACCACUCAGGAAAGUAUCACUUUACACAAUUUGACGAGAGCUGUAAAAAUUUUGUUCUGAAACCGAAACACACUCACACUGGUCUGCGCUAUCUCCAUCUUUAUCCGCAGCUUUGUGGCCCCCAGAUGAUAGCUAUUUGAAAUGGUGUCUUCCCGCUGUAAGAAGCGCCUCCUAGUUCUCGCUUUCUGCGCUCUACUUUCGCUAUUGUUUCUUUACAAGGUCCAACAGGAGCGAACCGACUACGUGACCCUUCUCCACAAGCAAACGAAGGAUUUUUCAGGUGUCAUUUCUAACAGAGACAAAUCUUUCACCACGAAAGAAACAUCCAGAGACAAAAGACGCGACAAAACAGAGGACGACGAUGACUUGUUUGGUGACAACGACAAUGACACGGAUCAGGAACUUAAAACGAUUCCAUUAGAACAUGUAACUGAGCCACCGCGAAAGAUCCACAAGGGACUGGAAGGAAAUGAUGAAGUCGAAGACACGUUAGACUGGCUAAAUGAACAUGGGGUUAACACCCCAUCCAGCCCCAGCUAUGAGGAGACAGCGCUGGGAAACCAGGCUCCCGAUCCUGACAAGCUGCCGAGUACAGCCAAGCCACUUUCAAGAAGCAAAAAAGGCAUCAAGCCUACAGUGAGUAACCCUGUCGAUUCGAGAACAUCUGAAAGCCAGACAAACAAUAGUCAUUCUUCUCCUUUGUUAACGUUACCGAGUACAACCCAACAACUGAAACCGGAGCGAGUAAAAACUCCAAGCGAACACCGGGAGCCGUCUACAAAAGUCGACGAUGAAGAAUCAGCGACUGUAGAAAGCUCAACAAAUCAGCCUUUGGAUAUUGCUACUGCACCGAGUUCAACACAACCUUUAACAACUGAACGCGACAAGAAUCUUGACACUGAGUUGAACUCUACUUUUUCAAGCGUUUUGUUUACUAAUGCUACCACAGGAACGCAGCAGGACCACUCUAGCCCAUUUUCCACUCCAUAUACAUCACUUAGCACCACAGGCGAACCAACACCUGUGUACACCCCAACUCCAGAACAGAAUACUUGUAAACUACCAAAACUUGACCCGUGGGACUUCUCCAUUAAACAUUUGUUAAAAGAUGUCGGCAACGAUCCCGGAUGUAGAAAUGGAUACCCAGUAUCAGCAUUUGACGUCAUUGGUAACAGACUGGUCCUCUCCGGGGAGGGGGAUGGUAGUUCCAUCGAUUUUAACCACGUGAAAGUGCAUACGAUUCAUCGCGAUCAAGGUGAUGACAAUAGCGUGCAUUACGAGAAUCAAGGGAACCCAUUCAAAUCUUCUACACAGGAAUAUCAACCUUCCAAAGUGAUAAACGCUUCGGAUUUUCUGAUUCUCGACUACAAACUUAAAAGUGGAAAAGAUAUUACAACCUACCUUGCUCGAGCUGUUCCACAACAGGAUGUCAUCGAGGAGUCGAAACUGAUCAGGGAAAAGCUCAAUGAGCAAGGAGAAAAUGAAGGGUUAGGAAUAAAUGUGUUAUUACUUGGAAUUGAUUCUGUUUCUGCUGCAAACUUCCGCCGAAAGAUGCCGAAAACGUUAAACUAUCUUAAGACGGCGCUAAAGACCUACUUCAUGUCCGGUCAAACUGUGGUUGGUGAUGCCACAACACCCGCUCUCACCGCUCUGUUGACAGGCCUGUACGAGACAGAACCGCCAGAGGGCCGUCAAGGGUAUUCUAAUAGCGCCCCCAUUGAUAAAUGGCCCUGGAUUAUGAAACUGUACAGGGAGCGUGGAUACGUUACAAUGAUGGCUGAAGAUGACCCUACCAUGGGCGCAUUCAACCUAAGGCUCAUGGGCUUUGAGGACCCUCCUGCUCAUCACUAUAUGAGGCCUUUUUGGCUGGCACUGGAGAAUAAGCGCGAACGAGACGAACCAGGAUUAUGCUCGCGUUCGACAUUUAUGGUUAAUUACACCCUAGACUAUAUCCUCAGCUACUUUGCAGCGUAUCCAGACACCCCAAAAUUUACCUACUCUUUCAUGUCGUACCUGGCUCACGCCCAUCCCAAUCAUUUAAGUUACGCUGACAACGAUAUUUUGCGACUGCUCCAUACUUUCGUCGAACGCAAUCAUCACAACAACACCAUGAUUGUGUUGUUUGGAGAUCACGGCUCGCGAAAUGACGAAGUCCGAAAUACCAUGCAGGGGAAACUGGAGGAAAGGCUACCUUGGCUUUCUAUCUCGAUUCCUGAUUGGCUUAUAAGAAAAUUCCCGCCCAUAGGAUCGGCUCUGCAACAUAAUCAAGGCAUAAUAUCGUCACCUUUUGACAUGCAUGCCACGUUACGUCACAUCUUAACAUACCCUAAAGGGCCUGAAGGAGAGAAGACACAGAGCUUGUUCACGCCAUUAUCAGUUACAAGGACUUGCAGCGAUGCAGGGGUCGACGAUCACUGGUGCCCAUGCCUGGAGUUCACUGAGGUAGACGUAAAAAGCCCAAAUGUGGUUGGAGGAGCAGAAAUGGUCGUUAAAUACAUUAAUGACGUCAUCCUUAAUCGAACAGAGCUACUAAGAAGGUCCUGCGCUGAGGUCCAGCUUAAAAAGAUUGUAAAAGCUGUCAGAUACAAACCAAAUGACAAACUGCAGAGAUUUAGUAGCACAAAUCAAGAUUCAGAUGGUGCCGUGAACUUCGGCGAACCAACUUCAGACAGUAGUCACUACAGAAUUAAUUUUAUGACCAGCCCUGGUGAUGCACUAUUUGAAGCAUCUUUGGCCGUGAGGAAUGAUCACAAAGUGAUUGUGAACCCGUCAAUAAGUCGGACGAAUGUUUAUGGAAAUCAGCCCAGCUGUAUUUUACGUAAAGAACCCUACGCUAGAAAAUUCUGCUACUGCAAGGACAUGAAGCAUUGAUAGCUUCUCUUGAUAUGUUUCCCAAAGUAGUUUAUUAGUGAUGUUGUGCAAAAACUUUACCAAGAGAAAUAGUCAGUACUACAACUUUCAGUUGAGUGGGGUCGAAGGAAGUUUGGCGACCACGUUUUGACGUCGAGCCGGGUCGUGUUGUUGUCAUGGGCAACUGGCUCCGUUUCCAAUAGCAACUUGUCGUUUGACCUCCUUUGGCGAACUUUCUCUUUUGACGAUUGGUGAGAUCCGGUUACCAUUGGAAACAAGGAGGGUUGCCCGUGGCAACACCGUUAUUGCACGGUUAAAACCCCGUCACAAAACUUUUUACACCCCUCACUCAACCGAUAAUUGUAGUAUAUCUAACGAAUCGACGGCUAUGUUCGGUCCUCGUCGGACGUAUCUCAAAAAGUUAGGAUCAAUUAUCGUUACAAACACAUCAAACUCGCAACUCAGCAAGUGGCAUCAAAUUACGCGCAAAUUGGAAUGAGAAAACAUUUCGCGCGAGUGGCACCUCGCGAGUUUCCUCGCCGCACGCCUCAAUCAAUAGAGCCUCGACUUAACAACUACACAGACAUGCAUUAGUACCACUGAGUGGAGGUGAUUAUAUUAUCCCAUUGGAUUGAUCUAGAUGUUAUGCUAAAGAAAUGAGAACAAAUGCGCUUAUCUUGUGAAUAUUCAAAUUCUCCCUUCCACAGCAUAGAGGCAACAUUGAUGAUGAGAUGCAGAUGGGGAAUUAAUGGUUGAUGUUCAACAAAGAAUUUGAAAUUAUAUGAUGAAAAAAAAAUUGAGCUGCGUUGAAAUUAUUUAAUUAUUGGACGCUGAUUUAAUUUGAAUUAACGAAAUUUUAGGUGACCAAGAACUUGAAAAACGCUAUGUUAAAGAUUUUUUUGUAGACUCUACACAGAUUUUCUAUCUUUAUUGGAAGUUUUGACUUUAAAAAAAUGCAUGGGCAAACGUAAUUGAAACUCGACUCAGCCUGAUUUGGUUGAAUUUUUAAGAAUAUGGCCAGAUGCCGAUUGGGUGAAAAGCAGGCGGUUUGAACCAACACAACUAAAUAUUGAUAAUAUAUAUAUUUAUUAUGUUAUUCCUAUUAAAAAAAAUACAUUAGGAAUCUUAUACUAGGUGGCUAAUAAAUAUAGAGUAGGUUUAUUCAAGUUAUUAUGUAUUAAUAGAAUGUAUCAUUUCUAUA